GUGCACACUUCUCUCUGCACUCAUCUCCUUGCUGUUCAGCUCUGUUGAUCUUCUCUUCUUGGUUUUUGGCUCUGCUUAGAAGAAACAACCAUGUCUCGACAGUCUGCCUGUAGAAGCUUCGGAGGCGGGAGUAGAAGGGGCUACAGCUCUUGCUCUGCCAUCGGCGGUGGCUUUGGAGGAGGUGGCAGCAGAAGCAGGAGCAGCUACAGUUCAUACUCCACGUCCAGGGGAUUUGGAGGUGGUGGACGUUGUGGAGGGUUUAGCAGCAGGAGCCUCCAUAACAUAGGCAGCGGCGGACGGAUUGCCGUGGGUGGAUGUUAUGGCGGUGGAGGAUAUGGAGGCAGAAUUGGCUUUGGUGGUGGCUAUGGAGGACUGGGUGGCUUUGGUGGAGGAAUAGGUGGUGGAGGACUGGGUGGCUUUGGUGGAGGAGCAUGUGGCUUUGGUGGCCCGGGCUUUGGUGGCCCGGGCUUAGGUGGCCCAGGCUUUGGUGGCCCUGGAUUGCCUGGAGGCAUCCACCCAGUGCAGGUUGACCCAACCCUGCUGCGACCAGUCCAUGUUGAGAUUGAUCCUCAGAUCCAGCAAGUGAAAAACCAGGAGAAGGAACAGAUCAAGACUCUUAACAACCAGUUUGCCUCCUUCAUCGAUAAGGUUCGCUUCCUGGAGCAACAGAACAAGGUCCUCUCCACCAAGUGGGAGCUCCUGCAACAGCAAGGGCCUUCUGGGCCAAGGAAGAACCUCGAUGCCCUCUUGGAAAAUUACAUCCAGAACCUGAGGAGGAAGCUAGAGUCUCUUCUGGGACAGAGGGGACAACUGGAGUCAGAACUGCAGAGCAUGCGGCAAUACGUGGAGGAUUACAAAACCAAGUAUGAAGAAGAAAUCAACAGGCGCACCGCUGCGGAGAAUGAGUUUGUGGUGCUCAAGAAGGAUGUGGACUGUGCCUACAUGACUAAAGUAGAGUUGGAAACAAAGGUGCAAACUCUGACUGAUGAACUCAACUUCCUGAGGUGCUUCUACGAGGAGGAGCUGUCUCAGAUGCAGACCAUCAGCCGGGACUUGUCCGUGGUGGUGUCCAUGGAUAACAACCGGCACCUGGAUCUGGAGAGCAUCAUUGAGGAAGUCCGACGCCAGUACGAACAGAUUGCUCAGAGCAGCAGGGCUGAGGCUGAGGCUUGGUACCAGAGCCGGUACGAAGAGCUGCAGAGCACUGCUGGCAGGCAUGGGGACAGCCUCCGCAACACCAAGAUAGAGAUCCAAGAGCUGACCCGGAACAUCCAGAGGCUGCGGGCUGAAAUCGAGAAUGUGAAGAAGCAGAACCAGCAGCUGCAGGCAGCUAUUGCUGAGGCAGAGGAGCGGGGUGAGAUGGCCCUCAAGGAUGCUAGGAGGAAACUGGAAGAGCUGGAAAGUGCCCUGCAGAAAGACAAGGAGGAGCUGGCUCGCUUGCUGAAGGAAUACCAGGAGCUGCUGAACAUCAAGAUUGCCCUGGAUGUUGAGAUUGCCAUGUACAGGAAGCUGCUGGAGGGAGAGGAGAGCAGACUGUGCAGCGAUGGCAUGUCCAACGUGAAUGUCUCCGUGGUAGGCAGGACCACCAUCUCUGGAGGCAGAGGAGGCUUCGGAGGAGGCAGUGGCAUCGGAGGAGGCUUCGGAGGUGGAAGCGGCAUGGGAGGAGGCUUCGGAGGUGGAAGCGGCAUAGGAGGAGGUGUUUGUGGAAUAGGAGGAAGCUACGGAGGUGGAAGCAUCGGAGGCAGCUGUGGAAUAGGAGGAGGAGUGCACAGUGGUGGCUUCUCUUCUGGAAGUGGAAGAGUGUGCAGCUCUGGAGGAGGUGGCAACUUUGGCUCCAGUGGGGGAUCCUCCUCUGUACGGAGAUGUGUCACAACCACCUCCAUCAAAUCUUCAGGAGUAAAAUACUGAGCCCUGAAGUCAGUUCAGAAAAUGAAAGAAGCAUCUCCUCUCUUCUCCUGGCAGUAGCACAGCCUCCUUAAAUCCACCUCUGGUAUCCUGCCAUGAAAUGAACUGUGUCCCCCAUGGCCCUCCACACACCAGCUUGUCUUCCUGGCUUGUCCCCAGGAAGGCAGUCUUGUGGCAAGGCCAUGCCCUCUUCAGAGUCCUGGCAAGCUGCUGGCUAGCCCCAAGCCCAGGGACGAAAUAAGUCCGAGCAAAGCAAAGUCUCACUUGGGGAUACCCAGAACGGAGAGCUGAUUUAAAGGAGGGAAACGCUCUGCCUUUCUUGCUGUGUUGUACAUUUCUGGCUGCCUAGUGGCAAAUGUGUAUGAAAGUCCUCUUUGCUCCUCUUCCCUCAUGUUUGCUCCUCUUCCCUCAUGUCGCUUCCUAGAUGGCCAUAUCUCUGGGGUGCUUCAGUGGGCAGCACAGCCUGCUCCUUCCACUCGCUUCCAUGGCAGGUGUGGGGAAAGAGGGUCUCCAUCCUCAGCAGAGCUGGGGAGGGAGCAAGUUCUCUGCAGAUGGCCAGAGGGAUUAAUUGCCCUGGGGUGGAGCAGCCGGGCAGGUUUACUCACCUGGUAGCCCCAGGAGCUUGCUCGAGAGUGGUAGUGGCUACCACUUCCACCUCUCCUUGCUCUGCGACACCUGCUAACACCUGAUGCACGCCUGGCCUUUCUCCAGCAUGCUCUUUCCCAAGCAUGCUCCUCAGCGUUAGGCACUCUUUGACAUGGAACAGGAUGCACUGUGCCCACCUCCCUUCCUCUUCUGUUCAUGGUAUCUCCUACUUCCUCGGGAUGUUGCCACUCUCAAUAAAUUGCAGAGAACAUA